AUGUCAAGCCGAUCGGCCUCCGGUCUCGACAGUAAUGUGAACGAAAAGGGUCAGCUGAGGCACUUAGCUCUCCACGGCGACUCAUCUAUUCAAGUAGCUCUGGCCCUUGGCUCCCUCAAGACUCCCAACCGGCUCCAGUUUCUCGCUCGUCAUCACAGCGAGAGCAGCGUCCCUACUUUGCCCACGUCAGAUCUGACCGUCCCCAGCACACGAAGCCUGCACCAGGAGAGCAGGACCGUCGACGCCCUUGUUCUCCACCGAAACACCCUGGCCCCUAGGAGUUCCUUCUUCCUCUACGAUAGCGAGGCCGACGCCCUCACCCGCGACACGAGCAAGUCCAAGGCUCAGCUGCUCUCUGGAAAAUGGAAAUUUCAUCACUCCACCUCUCCCUUCUACGGGCCGCAACACUUUUAUGAGCCCGAAUUUGAAUCCUCGGAAUGGGAUGAGGUUGAUGUCCCCGGCAUGUGGCAAUGCCAAGGGAACCCGAGCGAAUUCGACGUGUCAAAAUUUGUUAAGUACGACGAAGACAACCUUCUCGCCGUCGAGGUUUAUCAGCGAUGCGACGGCACGUAUCUCGAGGACCAGGAUCAGAUUUGGCUUAGCGGCAUUUUCAGGGACGUCUACCUGCACUCUUUCCCCAAGGCUCACCCCGAGGACUUCCACGUUCACACUAUUCUUGACGACCACUACAAGCAUGCGGAGCUUAGGGUGGACAUUACGCUGUCCCGAGCCGCUGACGUCGCCCUCAAGCUUUUAGACGCAGAUGGAAAUACCGUAGCAGAGGCCGCGAAAAGACUAGACCCCAAGGGCCAUAUCAGUGUUGAUAUCAAACACCCCCAUAAGUGGACUGCGGAGACGCCCUAUCUCUAUACACUUGUGGCGAGUCUGUGGAUCAUCGAUGAGGCCGACCUCGAAUGUCACGGUUUCGGCGCGGUCGGCGCAGAUGCUUCGAAAUUCACCUCGGACAACCCCGAGUGGACCGACGCCUACGUGGACCGAGCACGUCAGAUGGUCCAGCGGGACAAGAACCACCCUUCCAUCGUCAUUUGGUCCCUAGGAAACGAGGCGUUUUACGGCCGGAACCACAAGGCCAUGUAUGAUUUCAUCAAGACGGUGGACACGAGCAGGCCAGUUCAUUACGAGCAGGACUUUGACGCUCAUAGCGCCGACAUGCACAGCCGCAUGUAUGCGAGCGUUGAUUCCAUUAUUCGCAUGGCAGAGGAGAAGGAAUGGAAGAAGCCUCUUGUGCUGUGCGAGUACGUGCAUGCCAUGGGCAAUGGCCCCGGUGGCAUUAAAGAGUACAUCGACGCCUUCUACAAGUACCCACGACUGAUGGGAGGAUUCGUGUGGGAGUGGGCAAAUCAUGGGCUUAAAACCAAGAAUGCAGAGGGCGAGUGGUAUUAUGCCUAUGGAGGGGACUGGGGCGACGAUCCUCACGACGGCCACUUUUGCAUGGAUGGUCUCCUUAAUUCCGACCACACGCCCACCCCGGAUUGA